AUGUGGCUUUUCAUAAUUGUGUCAAGCUUGGCCCAGGGCCUUAUAAGCUCAGAAGUAUUGGGGCAAAGAAGACCUGUUAAUCCAGAAGUAACCAUGAAUAUUAGUGAAAUUAUUUCCUUCAGAGGAUAUCCCAGUGAGGAAUAUGAGGUAGUGACAGAUGAUGGGUAUAUCCUCAGUGUUAACAGAAUACCUCAUGGGAAAGGAAGCCAGUGGAACAAAGGUGAAUAUCCAGCUGUGUUUCUGCAGCACGGUUUGCUCGCAGAGGGCUCUGACUGGGUGUCAAAUUUUGACUUCAACAGCCUGGGCUUCGUGCUGGCCGAUGCUGGCUAUGAUGUUUGGUUAGGAAACAGCAGGGGUAGCACUUGGUCUCGAAAGCACAAAAACUAUACAGUGAAGCAAGAAGAAUUCUGGGCAUUCAGUUUUGAUGAAAUGGCUAAAUAUGAUGUCCCAGCUUCAGUAAACUUUAUCCUGGACAAAACUGGACAGAAGCGUAUAUAUUAUGUUGGCCAUUCCGAGGGCACCACAAUUGGUUUUGUUGCAUUUUCAUCCAUGCCACAGCUAGCUGAGAAGAUAAAAAUGUUCUUUGUGUUGGCACCAGUAGUCACGCUAAAGUUUUCAGUCAGCACUCUAAUCAAGCUUGGGAAGUCUCCUGAACAGCUGAUCAAAGUAGUGUUUGGAACUAAGGGGUUCUUUCCCCAGAAUAAAAUUAUGAAGUGGCUUGGUACCCACAUUUGCAACCACAUCUUACUUGAUGAUCUUUGUGGCGAUAUCCUCUUUCUGUUUAAUGGGUUUAAUAAAAACAACCUAAACAUGACUCGAAUUGAUAUAUAUUCAGCACAUUAUCCAGCUGGAACAUCUGUCCAGAACAUGCUUCACUGGAGUCAGAUUGUCAAGUCUGGGCAGUUCAGAGCUUUUGACUGGGGAAGCGAGGCAAAAAACAUGGCUCAUUAUAAUCAGUCAACACCACCUUACUACAGAAUAAAAGAAAUGCAUGUGCCGACGGCUUUGUGGUCCGGCGGUCAUGACAGGGUCGCAGACCCCCAGGAUGUCGCCCUGUUGCUGCCUCAGAUCCCAAAUGUAGUUUACCACAAGAAUAUUCCUGAAUGGGAACAUCUGGAUUUCAUCUGGGGCCUUGAUGCUCCGCAGCGCAUGUACAAAGAGAUAAUUCAGCUGAUGCAGAAAAAUCCAUAGGUCUGUGGGGUGCUUGGAGCUG